AUCGAUGUCCGUUAAGAAUAAAAGUUAAGUUUGAAAAAGAACAAAUUGUAAGAGAAACCAAGCAACAAUCAAAAAUAUGUGAAAAGGUGAUUCUGUAUGACUGCCACCCUUAUUACAAUGCAUGUAUUCACCGCAUUAUCUCCAAGAGUAGCUUAGACCUACACGGGACUCAUUGGGCAUGCCAUCUAUAUUGACACGGCUAAAUGACUUUAAAGAUGGAAUAUCAAGUAUAAAAUUUUCCCCUGUAGAGAAGGAUCACUUGCUUAUAGGCUCCUGGGACAAUGGCCUAAAAUUAGUAAAGGCGACAGAAGAACAGCAUUGCUUACAGAGUUAUCCUGUCUCUAAUCCAGUCCUGACCGUUGGAUAUUUGAAUGCGACAACAGCUUUUGCUGGAAGUCUUGAGGGACUUGUGCAUUUAGUAGACAUUCCAUCUGGAACUCAUUUAGUCAUUGGCAAGCAUGGAAAGGGUGUCUCUUGUACGGCUAAUAUUCAAGAAUCUGAUUGCUUCGUGACAGGCUCUUGGGACCAAUCUUUUCAGUUAUGGGAUGCUCGACAAAAGAAUGCCAUAGAUAAAAGGUUUAUUGAAAAAAAGAUCCUAGCUGCUAGUUCAGCUUUUAAUAUUCUGGUCUUUGGAUGCACAGAGAGAGAGAAUUUGGUUUAUGAUAUUCGUAAUCUAAAGAUGCCUUUUCAAAGAAAACCAUCAACCUUUAAGUACAUGACUAGAGAUGUUUGCUGUCUCCCAGGUGCAGAAGGGUUUGUGUCCUCAAGUAUUGAAGGAAGGACGUCUGUAGAGUAUCUCAAUCCAAGUCCUGAGUGGCAGAUCAAGAACUUUACAUUUAAAUGCCACCGUCAAAUUCAGCAGCAGCAUGACAUUGUAUAUCCUGUGAACUCUCUUGCUUUUCAUCCUAUCCACCAAACUCUUGCUACGGCUGGCGGCGAUGGAUCUGUGGCUUUUUGGGACAUUCAAGUGCGUAAGCGACUCCGAGUUCUUUAUCCCUCUAAAACAAACGUUUCUAGUGUUGCCUUUAAUUUUGAUGCAUCUUUACUUUCUGUUGCUACUUGUGCUCAAGAUGAAGCUAACGGGAAUGUUUACAUAUAUGCUUUGGAAAGUGACUUUGCUUCACCCAAGAAAAGUACUUGAUCAUCGUGUGAACGUUGAACUAUCAGUUAAUGUGAAGUUGUAAAAGUUUCGCCUCGUCUCACUCAGUUUGGAUUAUAUAUAUUUCAUUCGAUGUACAUCUACCUACUCAAACCUACUGUUCCUAAAAGGUUUACUUGAAGAGCUCUCAUGUUUGGUUCCGUCAAAAUAACGCUCUUUAAAUGUUAAGCAGAAAGUAAAUUUGAGAGAGCUGGAUUUUUCACGGAAAUGCAACUAUAUAUAAAGUUCUUUACAAUGUUCAUAAAGCUAUUACUAUGCUGGUUCAUUCAAAACUAGCUACUGUUUAUCACUACCCUCCGCACUGUGUUUCCUUCAGGUGUGACUGAGUCCAAGAAAUGGUUUUUUGUGAAUGGAAACCAUACAAUUGUUUUCUAGCUUGAUUGUAUGAAUUACUGUAACAGUGGACCAGUUUCUUAAGGCCCACUAAUUAUAAUGUUCAUGGGCCAGUAGUGUAUCAGCGCUUUCUAAUACUUCGUCUAUAUUAUCUAUAUUUAUCUUGUUU